CAAAUUUUUCUAUUUCUAACCUCAUUUGCGAGAAUGCUCGUUCCAUAAAGUUAAAAAUGUCUCAGUUUAACCAUUCCGAAAAAGUUCCUCAAAUAUAUAAAUUAGCGGCAAAAUGUCUGCAACAAUUCAAGGAAAAAGGGGGCAGUUUAAAAGAAUUGGUUUUCAAUCAACGAAGUUUUAAUAAUAUCAAAGGUAUAUAUGCAUUAGUGACGAAAACUGUGCAAAAUUACUCACAGAUUAACGACAUGUUCGAUAAGGUAGGCCUGUUGACGAAGGAAACACGUUUCAAUCCAUGGCUCGCGCGUAUCUUAGCGACACAAUUGCUGUGGUCAGACAAUGGACUGUGUGGUAAUUGUACACCGAUUAAAAUCAUACUGUCAUACCGUUCGGAACUGGAAAAAUAUGCAAACUCAAAUUUAAAGGGGUCGUCACGAGUUAUGAAACCACGCUAUGUGAGAGUUAACACCUUUGCUCUUACAGUAGACGAGGCAAUCAACGGUUUUAUUAACGAAGGUUGGGAAUUCGUGGAGCAUUGUGGGGACGAUUAUAAUUCGUUCAUUAAACGCAUAUCCUCCUUGCAGAAUGGUCAAUUUAUGUUAGACCUUCACAUAAAAGAAUUGCUAGUAUUUUCCCACAAAACCGAAUUGUACAAUCACGAAACGUACAAGAGCAAGUCGAUUUUUUUGCAAGAUAAGGCUAGUUGCAUACCCGUGCACUUGUUAAACCCAACACCUGGAAGUGUAGUGCUCGAUAUGUGUGCGGCACCUGGGCUAAAGACGAUAUUCCUCGCGGAACGGUUACAGAAUAAAGGAACUGUGUAUGCCGUUGAAAGGGACCAAAACCGCUAUAAUACUCUCACGUCAAUGAUUAAUGAGUCUGGAGCCACGUGCAUCAAAACCAUUCACAAAGAUGUUCUUGAAGUUUCAGCGGAGGAGUGCCCUAAUGUGGAGUAUAUUCUAGUCGAUCCGAGUUGUUCAGGCUCAGGAAUUGUAGACCGCGUUAAUAUUGACGAGGUGACGACAAUAGACGAAGCGCGUAUAAGCAAAUUAGCGAACUUUCAAAUACUUCUGCUCAAACAUGCUCUUACAAAGUUUCCUAAAGCAAAACGUGUUGUUUACUCGACAUGCUCCAUUUAUUCUAAAGAGAACGAUUAUGUAGUCAGUGAGGUUUUAAAAAAUAGGAUCAACUUUAAGCUGAUAUCGACAGAUGGCCUGUUGAAACAUACAUUUUUGAAUACUUUUAAAGAUAAUCCGGACAAUGAUUUAAAAGCUAUACGAAGCAAGUGUGUCUAUACCAUUCCGGAGAGGGAUCUGACAAACGGUUUCUUUGUUGCUGUUUUUGAGAGAACGAAAGAGUGGGUAGAACGGGGACACAACGAAAACAAUCGGGAAGAAUUCAAAAAUAAUGAGGUGAACGAGGAGGCCAUGGUUGGCUUAGAAGAGAGCAGUAAUAAAAAAAAGAAAAAAAGGGAUCAUGCCACUGAAGAAUCUCUUGAUGGUAAAAGACACGAAAGCAGUACUUCUGAAAACAUCGACUCAUUUCAAGAGGAAACUGAAGAAAUUCCAAAGAAGACAAAAAAGAAUCACCCUCCAGAGUCUUGUGAAGUAGUAGAAACAUCUGCCAACUUAGAAGAAAAUAGUACUAAGAAAAAGAAAAAAAAGAAAAUCAUUGAUGAAGAACCCACAUUUGUAAUUUCAUCCACUAAUGACGACGAUAGUCAUGUUUCCAAAAAGAAAAAGGGGGAAUUGGAACAAUCAAUUCAAAGUGAUCAAGAUUUUGAAAAGAAGAAGAAAAAAAGCAAAAUGAGCAUUUCUGAAAGCAUAACUAUUAAUUGUGGCGCAGCGACAGUUGCACAGUCCGAAGAAAUUUCAAGAAAGACAAAGAAAGCAAAAAGAUCUGGAGAGCUUCACGAAGUUGUGAAUUGUGAAGAAAAAGGCAAAGAGAAAUCCACUUUGGUUGGUCUAGAUGGAGUAGCAAAUGAGAAUGACGAGGGCGUUCAAGAGUCUCGAAAGAAAAAGAAGAGGAAGCGUGCCACAUCGGAGGAUACAGAAGGAGAUGCAGCAGUUAAAGAACUUAGGCCGCAGACUGCUGAUGAAACGCAAGAAACCUUGAAAAGAAAGAAAAGAAAAGAAAAAGAGUCCAUUUUGGAAGACUACCACCUACCAGAAGCUAACAAAGACUUAAAUUCAAAUUCAGACGAAAAAAGCCACAAAAAAAAGAAGAAACGGAAGCAUGUAACUGAUGAAAUUCCAUUAGCUAUACCGUCUGAAGAAGACAGUCUCAUUUUUAGUAAGAAGAAGAAAAAAACUAAAGGUGACCCAAGCACUGAUGACAUUCAUAUUACCCAUUCUAUAGAAGAGAUAUCGGAUCAAAAUUUACAGCAAGCUCAUAAGAAGAAAAAGAAGACUGAAGAAAUUAGUAUGAGACUAGAAGGCGAUUGCGAAGAUGAGAAAGCAAGCGUGGAUAUAAAAACUAAAAAGAAGAAAAGGGAUAGACAUGAUGAAGAGUCCUUCGAUAUGGUCUUGCAAAAUUUAAGCAAAGAAUUUGAAGAUAGUGUGAGGCAAGAAAAGGAGGAGCUUGAAAAAUCGAAUCCAAUGUUAAAAUUUGAUGGUGCACAUGAGGAAGUUACAAAGAAUAGGAAAAAGAAGAAAGAUAUCACUGAAGAGCCCGGAGAACAAACUGAUAAACAUAAGAAAAAGAAGAAAGCAAAAGAUGGAUCGGAAAAUUAUGCUGAUGUUAACGACAAAAGUAUGGAAGAGGAGUUUGCGUCAAACGUUGAGCAUACAAAGAAGAGUAAGAAGAAAAAUAAACAUUAAGGAGAAUGUUCUAUUAAUUUUUGUACAAUUGUUCAUUAAAAGGAAAAUUGUAA